AUGUCGAACCGUGGCCUCAAGUUGAAAAGUACCUACAGACCUUCGUCAAAACUAGAGGUAUUCUACACGGGGGGAGCAUCGUGCAUAUCCAGCAAAGGCCUCCUAGCCUGCAGCUGCAACGAUGAGGUCAAGCUCGUGGACCCAAUUUCAGGCAGUGUUACGUCAACGUUGGCGGGAGACUCAGAGCCUGUGACUGCUCUUGCAUUUAGCCACUCAGGCAACCGGCUGUACGGCGCAUCCCGCAGCCUGCAGCAGCGUUGCUGGGACACCAGCAACAAUGCAGUUCUGCGCUCCUGGAAAGGCCACAAAGGCCCUGUGCUAGCCCUUGCAGUGGACCCCUCCGGCGGCCUGCUCGCCUCUGCCAGUGCAGACAGGAGCUGCCGCGUGUGGGACACAGAUGGGUUCUACUGCACGCACGCCUUCCAUGGCCACAGGGGGCUUGUCCUUGAGGUGAUCUUUCACCCCAAAGAACUCAUGAUCAUCACGGCAGGGGACGAUGCAGAAGUGCGGGUGUGGGAUCUCAUCACCAAGUCCUGCGUUGCCACCCUCAAGGAUCACUUCAGUGCAGUGACUUCCUUGAGCCUGAGCCCGGAUGGCUGGACUCUGCUCACUGCCGGCAGGGACAAGGUGGCCAUCUUGUGGGACCUGCGGUCACACAAAAAGCUUGCCACGGUGCCAAUCUUUGAGGCAGUGGAAGGAGCCGCAAUAGUCCCGGACGACUCGGCUUUCAAGGCACUGGUGCAAAGUGCUCUAGGGCCAUCUGGAAAGAAGAGCAAGGCAUUGGUGUUUGCAACUGGCGGUGAGAAAGGGAUCUUGAAGCUUUGGCGAGCUGACACUGGUGACUGCAUCUAUGAGCAACGGCAUGGCAUUGCCACUGGUCAAGGUGAGAUGGCGGCAGCAGGAGAGGAAAUCAGGGAGGUUCACGUGUUGCCCAAUGCGGAGGGGCUCAUGAUUACCACUGGGGACUGCCGGUUGCUGUUCUUCAGCCCCGAGGAGGAAGCCGAGAAGCAUGUGGUGAAGUUGGGCAGGCAAUUGAUAGGCAACCUGGAUGAGGUCACAGACCUGCGACUCAUUGGGCCCCCAGCUGCCCCCACACAGCUGGUGCUGGCUACCAACUCGCCCACCAUACGCAUGUUUGACCUCACCACGAUGUCCUGCUCUGCAACGCUCAGCGGGCACACCGACACUGUGCUGGUCCUGGACGCCAUCCAAACAAAAGAGUCUAAGACCCUGCUGGCAUCUGGCGCCAAGGACAACAGUGUUCGGGUGUGGGACGAGGCGGGCGAAUGCAUUGCAGUCGGACAGGGCCAUGUAGGGGCAGUCAGUGCACUGGCCUUCUCCAGACGGGCUUUCAGCUUCCUAGUGACCGGUGGAGCAGACAAGCUCUUGAAGGUCUGGGAUGUGUCGAAGCUAUUGGACGGCAGCAGUGCAGAGGGCGCCGAAGUGCCGCGCCUGCGAGCUACAGCCGCUGUAGCGGCGCAUGACAAGGACAUCAAUGCGCUGGCAGUGUCACCCAACGAUGCCCUCAUCUGCACUGCAUCACAGGAUCGCACUGCCAAGGUGUGGCGGUUGCCAGAUCUGGUGCAGAUGCUGACGUUGAAGGGGCACCGGAGGGGAGUAUGGAGCGUGCAAUUCUCUCCGGUGGACCAGUGCGUGCUGACCGGCAGCGGCGACGCCACCAUCCGCCUUUGGGCGCUCACCGACGGCAGCUGCCUGCGCACCUUCGAGGGCCAUGGAGCCUCCGUCCUGCGCGCAUCCUUCAUCUCAGCCGGCACACAGGUGGUGUCAGCAGGAGCGGACGGUCUGGUGAAGCUGUGGGGUGUGCGAACGUCGGAGUGCACGGCCACCUUUGACGAGCAUGAGGGCAAGGUGUGGGCGCUGGCUGUGGCAGGGGAGAACGAUGCUGUGCUGGCCACCGGAGGCGCAGACGCGCGCGUGAACAUCUGGCGUGACUGCACGGCAGAGGACGAGGCUGCAGUUGUAGCGAGCAGGACACAGAACGCUGUCAAGGCCCAGGAGUUGUCCAACGCCCUCAAGGACAAUGACUACCAAGCUGCGGCGGCGAUGGCGUUCGAGCUGGGGCACGCCGGUCAGCUGCGCUCGGUGGUGGAGGCGGCUUGUGCGCAGGGGCAGGAGGCAGCCGAGGGUAUCCUGAAUGCUCUGGUCGACGGCCUUGAAAAGGACCAGAUCAAGCAGUGCCUGGAGUUCAUCCGCGAGUGGAACACCAACUCCCGGCACUGCCACGCCGCCCAAGCUACCCUGCAGGCCAUCCUCUCGCAGCAUGCGCCCGAGGUGCUGCUGGACAUUCCUGGCGUGGCGGCCUUGCUGGACGGGCUGUCGGCAUACACGCAGCGCCACAUGGCGCGCAUAGACCGGCUGCGGCGCUCGGUGGCCCUGCUGGACUACACGCUCGGCGCCAUGCGUGUGGUCGCCCCCCAGGAGGCCGCCUCCGCCCAGGAA